AUGACAAUACCGUUGCGGCUGACGCCAUUCGGGUUAGAACAGCGCCGGGCUUACGUACAGCAGGACAGGCAUGACGAGUACUACGAGCAGCUGCUUUCUCCCAGCCACAGCAGAAGUAGCAGGCAGGAUUGUUGUUGCGUCAGCCUUCUGCUGGUGGGAGAUCAAAAUGCUGGCAAGAGCGCUUUGCUUUACUCCCUCGUAGCUUCGAAAGAUCCUAGGUACACAGCAUUCACCUCUCUCUUGCCCAUCAUUCAGGGAGAGUUUUCGAACAGAAGGGAAGUCCCAUGCGGAACUGGUGGUGCUGCUGUUUUUUCUGCCGCGAAUGGGGGAACAGGACCCACGGCGAUGGAGUCCGGCGAUCACUGUACAACGACCGGGACAACUGACGAAGACGAACGCAAACAACCGCAUCACAGGUUGCCAGAACACACGGCAACAGACGAGGAGGACGCAGGUACUGCAGCAUCAGUAGCAGCUGAAGCAGUAGAAGCUUUGGUGUGCAGGUCCCGGGAUGAGCUCCCCUUCCUAGAUUCGGACGUUGCGCGGUCUGCAGCUUUGCUAUCUGCUGAAGACUUCACCUUCUUUUGCACUGAGUUCGGCCUUCAAACGCAGCAGCAACAGCAUCAACAAGGAGACGGCAUUUGGAGGAAGGUGAGCGACAGCCGCUACGUACUGCUUCACUUUCUUGAGUUUGGGGGUGACCAUCUCGACCGCAUGCAUGCAUUCUACAAUCUAGAUGGUUCCUGCAGAAGUAGGAGCAACAGUAACAGCAGCAUGAGCAACAGCACCUGCUACGGAAAGUGCACCUUCAGUAGUAACUGCAGCAAAUGUGACCAGAUGGCUGCGGCGACCCUACUGCUCCUGGAACGCGAUUUUGGAAACCAAAAUGAAGCAUUCAGGGCGCUUUAUGAGUCGGAAACGCAAACACCUGCAAAAGAAGAGGGUGUAAGCGAACGGUUUGCGGAUCAAGCACCGGCGGAGCGAGCAGCGCAAGCUGGGAUACCUAGCGUUUCAGCAACUCGAGCAACCGUUCUCGCUCAGUCUCUCCGUCGCUCCUUCAAGCUGGCUGCCGAAGUCCCGUUGCUUGUUUACUUUGUAAACUGCAGCACAAUGUUUAUUCCUCCUGCAACACGCAAUGUAGCGUCUGCUACUGCCGCUACGGCCGCAGUUGAGCUAAGUGCUCCAGCUUUCCUCAGGUUGUUACUCCGCCUUCACGCUUGCUGCUCGUUGCUUCAACCCAUAGGAAACCGGAGACCCAUUCACUUUGCCUGCUCGCGCCUCUCUUGUCGGUUGGCCACUUGUGCUGUGAAGGAUGAAGUUACGGGCGAUGAAUCAAGUAAAGGCGCAGCAGCUAGUGCUACAGGCUGCUGCUGCAUUGACUUCGACGAAAAAGAAAGUUUCCGCAGGGCUGUAGAGGCGUUGAAAGCAUUUGCUUCGAUGGCUAGUGUCACCAGUGCAGAAGGAGCAGGAGCUUCGGAAAAAGCAACAAGAGAUGAUGCUGCUGCCCCUGUGAGGGUGUCUCUCGACCAGCCGUUUGAGCAGCUCUACUGCCAUUUCCUCUCGGGCACUAACAUCAGCAGCGACAGACGGAACGCCAACAGUAUAAGCUGGGCGCCAUUUGAGGACUGCUGGGGUGUGUCUGCAUGCGCCCGUCUGAAGGCAGAGGAUGAGCAGCUGCAGCAGUGCGCCUCCGUGGUUUUCUUGAAGAGGCUGCUAAGUUUUGUUUGGGAUGUUUGUUCACCUAUUCCGUUGUGCAGCAGUUUAAGUUUUCGUGGUGUGUCAGCAAUUACGGUUUUGGAACGAAACAUUCAUACACCACAGCAGCAAGAGCCGCCGCCGGCGGAGCAGCAGCAUGAGGUAUGGGGGCCCGCUUGGCAGUUGUGUGUUGUUUCGGUAAUUGCUUUUCUGGUUCGCGUCCUUUCCCUUCUAAGUGACUCGGAGGAACUUGCUGAAGCAAGCAUAAAGCCAGCGGAAGGGAGCAGGGCAGGAGCAAUGGUACAUCAGCAUUCAAUGGUAAAUAGAAGGACGCUACCAGCCAUGGAUUCAGGGGAUGAACGGGCCGGUAUUUUUGACAGUAGAGGAUUGAAAAGGGGAGAAGAAAAGCCAGCGCACCAGCACCAGCUGAAGUUUCUACAGCAACAGGAUAUAAUGACAGGUGAAACAGGGCGGCAGCUCAUUGCUCUGUUCUCUGCCUAUCUCAUUUUGCGCCGCCAGCAGGAGCAGCAAGCCCUCCCAAAUGAAGUGUCUCUAGACCUGUGGCUAUCUUGUACCGACUGGAGAGACUUCAUUUCUGAUUUCGAUCCGGUGGAACAGCAGCUACAGCAGCAGCAGGAACGACAGUGCCACCACUAUCAACGGAAGCAGAUAACGCUGCCUUCCACGGGAGAGAUCGUGAUUGCUUCUCCGGUUGAGGGGGAUUGUCUGCUUCUGCUUCCGGCAGCUGCUGCUGCUGGAGCAUUCACCCCUCUGGCGACCGAACUCGUAUCCUUAGGCUGUUGUCUUCCAUGCUGUGCUGACGGGGGCCCUUGGGGGCCCGUCGUCGUGCAACUGCCUAUCAAUAUGCAGCCCAUGAAAAACCGUGUAACCCUGUUGCUACUCCCUGGAGUACUUGAAAAACCCUUAACGGCGGUUCAGCAGCAGCUACAGCAGUUUCAUUAUCCACACGUGCCACUGAAGGAACUGCUGAAAAGGGGAUUAGACCCCUGUCUUGCGGCUGUACGUUUGCCGUUUCAUCCUGCAGUGUGUGGGCUGCUCGACAGCAUCCUCAGCAGCUGCGCGCGAGAGCCGCUCCCUGAAGAUUUCUGGGUGGCAGGAGCUGCUGCGCUUGUUGCAGCUGUCACCGGAUCGGCGAGUGCGUCUACGCUUUCUGGUGCAGAAGCGGCUGGCGCCGAAUCUGGAAGGCGCUCGCAGCUUGCAGUAGCGCGCAGUAUUGUCGAAGCAGCUGUGAGUGCUGCAGCACGAAAUGUGCAGGAGCUGCUGCAGCAAAGAUUGCAACAGGAAAUAUUGCAUAAAGAGAGUAAGAGGAAAGAAGAACUAGGUGAGCAGGCCGUCAUUAAUUCUUUGCAGUUGCUGUUGCACCUUGCUGGGGAUGUAGUCCUUCUGCAGCAAAUGGCAGUUGCUGCCACAUCAGGGAAGGGCACUCCGCAGCAGGAACGAGGGCAGCAGAAGCAGGGAAAGAGCAUAACAAAGCAAGAAUGGCAACACCAUACUUCGGGCCCAUACUGCUCGCAACAUCAGUUAUUUUGGACUGUAGACCUGCAGCCACCAGCAGCAGAAGCUGCAGAAGCAUAUGUAGCUGAAGUGGGAGACGAUGUUCCAACGAUUACAGAAUGCUGUAGUGUACAGGCAGACAAUUCAGAGAUGUUCAAUGGCGCGCUUCAGUCCCUAAAUAGAGAGCUUGCCAUGUUCGGUUUGGUACUGCUUCCAGCUCGGCAAAUCAGACCCCGUUUGCGGCCCUUGUAG